AUGGCGUCUGAGCAGUGGUUCAAGCUUAUACAAGAUGCUAAAAAAACGGCAAUUAUUCAGGAUGGAAAAAGAAAAGUCCACUUUCUGUUUGAAGAUGGAAAAGAGAUGGUCGAGGAAUAUCACUUAGAAACAAAUGUCAUAGUCCGACGAGCAUGGAGAGAGAAAGGAAAGCUUGGACAAGAUGUUGGGUGGGUUGUUGAAGUUGGUGAUCCAGAGCCAAGACCGCAAGAUAAUCUGGAGAUAUCUGGCAUCAGGGAAAGCUCAAAUGCGCCAUUUAUAUCCAGAAGGAUAACAAAGGUCUCCCUUGAGUGGAGAAUAAGAAAUUUGCCUUAUCCAAAAGAUGUAUAUUCAGUAACUGCAGAAAAUGACGGAACAAUUACUGUGCGAACGAGUAACAAAAAGUAUUUUAAAAAACUGAGUAUUCCAGACUUGGAACGAGCUGGGCUAAAGCCAGAAGCUGAUAGAAUCACUUUUACUCAUCAAUUCAACACAUUGAUCAUAACGUACAAGAAACCACCUUUGCUUAUUGACCUGGAGAAAAAAGUUCUCCAAGAAGUUCUACAAUUGAAAACCAGAAAAGAGGGAGAAGUGCAAUGUCCGACAAGCUAA